UUUCUUUUCCAGUCUGUACUAGAAUGUGAUGAUUGUGACCUCUGACACCUCCAUCAGCAAACAAGCCAAUGUUUACAUUUGGCGAACAGGAUAUCGCUGUUUCCGAGGAGGCCCUGAAGUGGCCUCGUGUCCCCGCCGCUGUCAGCGCGGUGUCCGGGCUGUGGGAGGGGAAACGCCGCUGAGCAGGAGCCCGCUGGCAUGAAGGGCAGAUCGGACUGCGAGCAGGCCUGAACUCCGCAUCUGUCCUCCGGCCGGACGCUCGUCAUGGACUUCGUGCUGAGCGGAGCGGCGGCCUGCGGGGCCUGUCUGUUCACCAACCCGCUGGAGGUGGUCAAGACGCGGAUGCAGCUGCAGGGAGAGCUGAAGAGCCGGGGCUCCUACCAGGUCUACUACCGCAACGUGUUCCACGCUUUCUACACCAUCGGCAAAGUGGACGGACUGGCCGGCUUACAGAAGGGACUGGUGCCCGGCCUCUUCUACCAGUUCUUCAUGAAUGGAGUCCGGCUCGGCUCGUACGCCAUCAUCGAGUCCUCCGGCUACAUCCACACCAACGGCAGGGUCAGCGCGGUCAAGACCACCGCCGCCGGAGCGGUGGCCGGAGUGGUGGGAGCCGUGAUGGGCAGCCCCAUAUACCUGGUGAAGACUCACCUGCAGAGUCAGUCUACCGCCUCCAUCGCUGUUGGCCAUCAGUAUAAACACCAGGGGAUGUUCCACGCUCUGGCAGCCAUCUACAGGCAGCACGGCAUUCUGGGACUGUGGAGGGGCUCCAGCGCUGCUGUGCCCAGGGUCAGCGUGGGGUCGGCGGCUCAGCUCUGCACCUUCUCCUCCUCCAAAGAGCUUGUCAUUGACCUGCAGGUGUUCCCAAGCAACAGCUGGUUGGUGGCCCUGAGCGCCGGCAUGAUCAGCAGUGUGGUGGUGGUGCUGGCCAUGACGCCUUUUGAUGUGGUGAGCACACGGCUCUACAACCAGCCUGUGGACAAUUUGGGCAAGGGGCAGCUUUAUAAAGGAUUCACUGACUGCUUUUCCCAGACACUGAAGAAGGAGGGCUUGACGGGACUCUACAAAGGCUUGGGAGCAUCUUAUUUCCGACUCGGUCCUCACACCAUUCUGUCUCUGUUCUUCUGGGAUGAACUGCGCAAAUUUUACAAGCAGUUCAGAUAACACCAGGGACGAGGAAAGUGGAAAAUGGGUAACUCAUUAAGCUCUGAGUGCAUAGGUUAAGUGAGUCCUCAUUUAAUGAGUUUAUGAUUAUGAGGUGAGAGAAAAACCAGGAGAUGCUCUGCUUUCUUGAUGGGAAAGAGCAAAGGUAACGUUUUACACUCCGAUGAGAAAACAGUGUAGGCAAAAGGUGUCAGGAAGGAAGGAAGGUGAAAUAUCUGCAAAAACUGCAUUCAGGGGCUGGAUAAUGUAUCUGACAGACAUCGCAAAUGCACUUGGGUUUGUCUUGGUGACAGAUGUGCACAGAUAUAACCGCACAGGAGGCUGUGUGUCCUCCAGAGAAAGUACAUCCAACAUCAUGACUCCUUUAUAGCUCUUAAACUCUUCAACUAUGUCAUUCCAAAAACAUAAGAAAGAAACAAAGAAUCUGCUUUCUGGAGAAAGCAUCAAAUGUGGCCCUUCAGAAUGAGAAAAUGAGCAGUGCCCACAGCCACUUAACCUCAGCCACAUCAUUAUGAUUCAGUCUUUAUAGGUGUGUGCAGAAGAAUGUGACAGUCUCAAAAAUGCAUUGCGACGGCCUCAUGUUGGCAGGAGGUGACUCACUGUAUAAUAUAGCAAACCUACCUUCGAGAUAACAAGUCUUGUAAAAGUCAAAGAGAACCUGCUGAUCGCUGAGUCACUGCUGAGUCACAAGUGAGUCAGUCAGCUAGAAAAUGUUAAAGCCACUUGAACUUUAAGGUCAAGUGGAGAUCUGAAAGUUUUUAGAAAUGCCAAAUAUGUCAGACUAAAGUUUUGUGAAGUGUUGAGUUUGAAAAGCUUGAAUAGCUCAAAUGAAGAUAAAUCUAAUAUAAUAUGUACAUAUAUAGCACUGUAUGGAAUAAGAUAUGUUUUUCAGGAUUGAAUGAAAAAAGGGAAAACUGUAAAGGGAUUAAAAGCAGCUCUUGGCCAAAAACUUGCUCUCAUAAGGAAUGGGAACUGCAGUAGACAAGAAAUACCUCAAAGUUUCGUCUUUAGUGUCCACAGCAGAGGAAGAAAAAUCAGUUUGGAUCUCAUAUGCAAACAAAGCGUACACUUAGCCCAGUGAUGCCAAAACAGGAUGUGAAAGCAAAUGUUGUACACAAUGUUUGCAAAGGUCACUAUCAGUGUCUCAUACAAGGAGAGAAAACAGUGAGAGAAAUAAGAAUAAAAUGUGCACCCGUUACAUUUUUCUGAGUUACUGAUGACAUGAUGCAGCAUAAAUAUGAAUCAGGUGUUCUGUGAAGGCAAAUGUGAGAAUAAUCCAUUUAAACAAAGGACUGGACUCCCUGUACCUCCCUUACAUGAACGUGUUUCAUUCUACAACUACCUUCAGUGUAUUACUACAUAUUGUACACAUGGAUCACUCUGACCAGAGACCAGUGUGCUGACGUCUGUGUACAAAUGCAGUUCAGAGCAUCUUCGGGGACAUAUUUGUUUAUUAGGGACACAAACAAAAACCUACAGUUGUAGCUGAGUGGACAUAUAGAAUUUCACUAGAGCCUUAUUAGGAUAGAUAGAAGAUAGAAACUGCUCAGCGACUGUGCUGUUAAUACCUCAUGAAUGCACAUCAAGUAGUAGAGCCAGAAACACUGAGAGGUUUCACUGCAUAACUGAGCACAUGUGCAGCAUAGUUACACAUUUAUAGAUACGUUUUAAAGAGAGAGAGAGAGAAUGUAGUUUAACUAUUAUACCUGUUUUGCAUAACUAGUAGUUAAUUAAACUAUGAGUCCAAAAUCAUUGCUUUUUCAUUAUAUGUUCCUAAUGGACAAUUAAAACAAAAAAAAGUCAUUAAUUAACUUUAAGUUCCUGCAUCUUUGUGCUACAUGACUUUAUUAUGCUAGUUUGUGCUCUAACUGCUUAACUCUUUCCUCUCUUGCCUCCAUGUUUACGCCACGGUAUUAUUCAGCAUAUGACUUCAGUUCUUCAGAACCACAGUGUUAGACGUGUACGCUCGGUCCACCAGUUUGUCAGUGAAGCCUGAUGGGCUUUUUCAAGUAUUUCUGAAACGUUCAGAUUAACUUAUUCAUCUGUGAUGGCAAAAUAUAAAUGUUUAUAGUCAAAUAGAUUAAUGAAUUGCAGUAUUUAGUGUAUUGAAAUUGUCCUGAACAUAUUUCCAGUGCACCUUUUUAAGUUCCCCUUUCAAAACAUUUUGCUAAAAUCCUUCUGAUAUAAAAAAAAACUUGUUACUGAAUGAUACUGUCUGCAAGACUAAACGAUGCUUUAGAAAAUGCAGUAAAUUUCAAAUUGGGACAAACUAGACAUUGUAAUCUCGAUUGCACUUUUAGCAAUUUGGCCUUUUUUAAUAUUAAAAUGAUCUCAUUUUUUUGUUUGUUACUUGUUGGCAUCAAAGUCAAAAUUAAUACUUUUACAUGAUAUUGUAACUAUAAUGACAACUUUUUGCAGUUUAUUUAUUACACCUGACACACUCCUGCCCAUUAUUAAUAAUAAUGUUUCAGUUUUUGAAUAGAGUCCACUUUAAGACAGAGGACUUUUCUUAUUGGACGGUAAAAGAACAAUCCCACAGCUCAGUAUCAUUACAGUAUCUGUGUGCAGUUCAUUUACGGUGCUAUGAGGCCUUUACAGUUUAAAUGACCAUCUAGUGGACACUGUUGGUAACAUUUAGACUCUAAAGUAACACAAACUGCUCUAUUAGCCUAUGAGCCAGACUUGGUGCUUUCUUCAUAAAGUGUAGGAUACUACUUGAAGAGUCAGGCGGUUUUGGUUUUUGGUCAACACAUUUCAUUGACAGCACACAGUGUUUGUCAUGAAACAUGAAAUAAAUGCACUGGAGCCAUAAGAACACAUAGUUUAACUUAAACCACCACAGAAGGAAGGAGAGUAAUGUUACUUGAGUUUAUUUUAUAUAAUGAAGUUUUGGUGUUUGUUUAGGAACAAUAUAUCCACAGAGAGGGUUGCCAUUUUUUUUUUUUUUUUUACUUUUGAAGUAACUUUGUUUUAUUUCGCUCAUUUGUACUGUGAACACCGUAUGUGGUUCCUCUUGGCGUUUUAUGUGAGUGAACAUAUUUUUGAUUUCGAGUAAAAUGAAUCCAAGUGGACAAGGUCGCUGUGCUGAACACCAGUAGCUGCUGCUGUACUGUAUGUUUCAUCUCUGUUUAUAAGGUGUUAUAAUUAGGGAUGCACAAUGAGAACGGCUCAUCGUCAGUAUCAACACUGAAUGAACACUGACCGGUAGAUAUGAUAAAAACCAAUUUAGCCCAUUUUACAUGUUAGCUCAAGAAGUUUUUUGCCCAGUGAAUGUGUGCAUUAGUGUUUUAUGUCUGCACCUGCCAUCAUUAUAGGAAUCUAAGAUAGACCAGCAUCGACCGGUAACAUCAACUAUUACAUAAGUUGAUUCCACUACUAGGGAGACUUGAUGUUCUGUACAAUUAGGCGGAAAAAAUGUGCUUAUAUCAAUAUUGGCAAUCAGCCAAAAUGAGUUGCAAAGUAUCAGACAUCAGCAAGAAUCCAGUAUCGUGCCUCCCUAAUUAUAAUCAGACUGCAGCAGUCUUCCUCAGACUGCUCUAUAGGACUACAAAAUGCUGUCUUUUAAAUAAUAGUUGAAGCACAUCUGACCACACGAACUUAGUGCCAAACUUGUGCCAUCCACAAUAAACAAUUCCACCACCUUCCACUACUUUAGCCACACUAUUAAAAUAAAGCCAUUUUUAAGGAACUCAAAAGCCUAAAAAUUACACAGAGAGGUCUGGGAAUGAUUGAUGGUGUUAAGCACGUGCAAAAAUGAGUUUUGUCAUAAGAAUACUUCUGUUUGGAAACUGCUCAGCUCUUUACGGCUCUAAGAGGUGAGCGGUGUUAAUGAAUGUUGGUUUCAUGAAUGUGUUACAAAAUGCACUUCCUGUCACGGGAUUUCAAAUGUAUGUGCACUGAACAAGAAGAGGAAAUAAAUGAUCGGAUUGUCUCUUUAUUGACAGACA